AUUGUGUCAUCUACCUGAGCUUUGUCUUAGCUCACACCCCCCUCCUCUUGUGGCCAGUCCAUCUCCCUCCGCUCCGCCCGAGUACCCGCCUGCUGUUACUCAGUUUCAACAACCAAAACAAUCCUAGCUAGCAAGGCGCCGUGGCCGCCAUGGAGGCUACAGAGGAUUCGGGGGUGAUCGCCCUGCUGUCCCUCCGCUCAGCGCCGUGCAGCCCCGUGCAGAACAGGCGUUCUAUGCCAAACUUAUCGGCCGCUGCCAUUGAAGGGCCCAUCCUGGCCCGUCUGGAGGGCCGAGACUUUGAGUUCCUCAUGAGGACCCCGUCAGUGAUUAUCGGACGUGACUCCAGCCAGGGCUCAGUGGACGUCAACAUGGGUCGCUCCAGCUUCAUUUCCCGCAGGCACCUUCAGCUGAACUUCGUGGAGCCGAACUUCUACCUGCGCUGCUUCGGCAAGAAUGGAGUGUUUGUGGACGGGGCCUUCCAGCGGCGGGGGGCUCCCCCCUUACAGCUUUCCAGGCAGUGCACAUUUCGGUUCCCAAGCACUGUUAUAAAGAUACGAUUUACCAUUCUUUACCAGGAAAAGCAGGAGAAUAUCACUUUGCCACCUUCUCCUAUAUAUCGGCAGAUUUCACCCUUAAAAAUACAUAUCCCCGAACCUGAUGUGCCAAGCUUUAUCAGUCCUUUACCUUCACCUACAGGAACUAUCAGUGUUCCUAACUCUUGUCCUGCCAGCCCACGAGGAGCUGGAUCUUCAGGAUUGCACUUCAUUCAUAGUAUUGCUUCAGAACUUAAGCUGGCAGCAGAGUGUGCAGCCAAGGCUGCUUCAGAACAGCACACAGAGACAUCUGGAGGAGAAUGUCCCAAGGAUUCCUCCAAACCCCCAUAUUCCUAUGCACAGCUCAUCGUUCAGGCAAUCUCCCGUGCACAAGAUCGACAGCUCACACUGAGCGGCAUUUAUGCUCAUAUUACCAAACAUUACCCAUACUACAGAUCUGCUGAUAAAGGUUGGCAGAAUUCAAUACGACACAACCUAUCUCUAAAUCGAUACUUUAUUAAAGUACCACGUUCUCAAGAGGAACCUGGAAAAGGUUCAUUCUGGAGAAUUGAUCCAACAUCUGAAGCCAAACUUAUUGAACAGGCAUUUAGAAAACGCAGGCAGAGGGGUGUUUCUUCCUUUCCUACUCCAUUUGGUCCACUUUCUUCAAGAAGUGCUCCUGCUUCGCCAACAUAUCCUGAUCUGUUAACACCAAAUUCCAGCGGCUUGCAGACACCUGAGUGCAUGUCCCGAGAGGGAUCUCCUAUUCCUCAUGAGUUUGGUUUAAAGAUGGCAUCUAUGUCGGACUGUCGAUAUUCUCAGAGUGCCCCAGGUUCCCCAGUGAGUGCUCAGUCAAUUAUUAUGGCUAAACCUGCACAAACCACAAGUUUUAUGACAAAGCCGUUGGCAUACAUGUCUGCUUCAAUUAUGACCUCGCAGCCCACAAGUCACGCUAUACAUGUUGUGCAGCAGGUUCCCACAGUCACUAUGGUCCAGGUAUUGACAACACCCAACAAUUCUGCAAAUGGAUACUAUACUGCAAACCAAAGACCUACCAGCGAGGUACAUGGAACCUUAGUGGAUGGUGUUUCUGCCAGAGGUUCAAAGGAAGAAGUAAACACUAUAACCUUUCCAACAGUUCUUCCCACUGCCAGCAGAGUUAUUCAGACAGUGGCAAGCCCACUUUCUCAAGGUAUUCCUGGGCAAAAACUUACACUCUUACAACCUGCUGCCCCUUUCAGCUUCAUGCAAAAUCCACAAUCAUUGGCCACGAGUGGAAAAGAAAUGACUACUGCCAGUCUGGCGGGAAGUGUUUAUGCUGUUUCGAACCCACUGCAGCUUCUCGCAACUCAAGCAAGCACCUCACUUCCUUUUGCUGUGUCCAGUGUUUUUGAUCAAGAUAAGCAAAAUGAACCCUGCCCAAAAAAAGCUCGCCUAGAAGAGAGUUGUGCAGUGCAAGCUGAAGUGAUCACAUCUACAUCCGCACAAGCUGAUGGGACUGGAGAAUGAGAGCAGAUGAAAUGUGUUGUGAACCACAGAAGCUGACUACUAAAUAAUGAAGUACAAUUUUCCUGAUGGAUGUGUAGAAAUUGCAUCACCAACUACAACAUGAAGAUGAUCUAUAGCAAAACGGCUACAUUUUCAAAUAUGCUAUAAAAAUGGUGCAGCUGUUGCAAGACACAUCCAUGGAUCAUGCAAGAAUGUUUUGCACAUAACAUUAUGCAGUAUCCAAAGUUCAAAAGGAGACUGCUUGUAUGAUCACUCCUUUUAACAGGAGUGUCUUGUGUUGCAAAAGCAGUCUUAGGAGUGCACUCUUUGGAAACCAGUUCUGACAGUGCGGUGUACAAGCUAGUAGGCAGUUCUGUUCUGUGCACAAUUGCCAUUUGCUAAUAUAUCUUGUUUUGUACAUCAUGAAAGAGACAUAAACAUAAUAAAUUCUGCUAGGCCU